UGACGUCACCGGCUGGAGGGGGGCGCGCAAGUCGGCGCGAGGGGAGCGCGAACCGCAGUGAGUGUCCUCGCGCCGCCCGCCCGGCAGCCCGGCCGGCGCGCGCACGCCGCGAGCCGCUGGCGCUCGGGCUCCGCUCGGAUCCCAUGUAACAGCCAGGAUGUGAAGCGGAGCAGUGCCGGGGGAGCCCAGCCCAGCCAGCCUCCAGACGCUGCCUCGUCUGACGCUCGGCUCGAGGCCUCUCCGUGAGGGACUGGGGCCGACCCCACCUCUAGGGUGGAGGUCGGAGGUUGCAGGUCACUGCCAAACAUGGCGCCUGCCUGGGGCCCCGGCAUGACGUCUGUGAUUGGCCCCAUGGGCCUCCUUGUGGUCUUGCUGGUCGGAGGCUGCGCAGCAGAAGAGCUCCCCAGGUUCAUCAAAGAACCCAAAGACCAGAUUGGUGUGUCGGGAGGUGUGGCCUCCUUUGUGUGUCAGGCCACGGGCGACCCCAAGCCCCGAGUGACCUGGAACAAAAAGGGAAAGAAGGUCAACUCGCAGCGCUUUGAGACGAUCGAGUUCGACGGGAGUGCGGGGGCCGUGCUGAGGAUCCAGCCGCUGCGGACACCGCGGGACGAGAACGUGUACGAGUGUGUGGCCCAGAACUCAGUCGGGGAGAUCAUGGUUCACGCCAAGCUCACUGUCCUCCGAGAGGACCAGCUGCCCCCCGGUUUCCCCAACAUCGACAUGGGCCCCCAGCUGAAGGUGGUGGAGCGGACGCGGACGGCCACGAUGCUGUGUGCUGCCAGCGGCAACCCUGACCCCGAGAUCACCUGGUUCAAGGACUUCCUGCCCGUGGACCCCAGUGCCAGCAACGGGCGCAUCAAGCAGCUCAGAUCAGGGGCUCUGCAGAUUGAGAGCAGCGAGGAGACCGACCAGGGCAAAUACGAGUGCGUGGCCACCAACAACGCUGGUGUGCGCUACUCCUCCCCCGCCAACCUCUACGUGCGAGAGCUUCGAGAAGUCCGCCGAGUGGCCCCUCGAUUCUCCAUCUUGCCUGUGAGCCACGAGAUCAUGCCAGGUGGCAACGUGAACAUCACCUGUGUCGCCGUGGGCUCGCCCAUGCCCUACGUCAAGUGGAUGCAGGGCGCCGAGGACCUGACCCCUGAAGAUGACAUGCCCGUGGGUCGGAAUGUGCUGGAGCUCACGGACGUUAAGGACUCUGCCAACUACACGUGUGUAGCCAUGUCCAGCCUGGGCGUCAUCGAGGCCGUGGCCCAGAUCACGGUGAAAUCUCUUCCCAAAGCGCCCGGGACUCCUGUGGUGACAGAGAACACAGCUACGAGCAUCACCAUCACCUGGGACUCGGGUAACCCUGACCCCGUGUCCUACUACGUCAUCGAGUACAAGUCCAAGAGCCAGGACGGGCCGUACCAGAUCAAGGAGGACAUCACCACGACGCGGUACAGCAUCGGUGGCCUGAGCCCCAACUCGGAAUAUGAGAUCUGGGUGUCGGCAGUCAACUCCAUCGGCCAGGGCCCCCCCAGCGAGUCCGUGGUGACCCGCACGGGCGAGCAGGCCCCCGCCAGCGCGCCUCGGAACGUGCAGGCCCGCAUGCUGAGCGCCACCACCAUGAUCAUCCAGUGGGAGGAGCCCGUGGAGCCCAACGGCCUCAUCCGGGGCUACAGGAUCUACUACACCAUGGAGCCCGAGCACCCCGUGGGCAACUGGCAGAAGCACAACGUGGACGACAGCCUGCUGACCACCGUGGGCAGCCUGCUGGAGGACGAGACCUACACCGUGCGUGUGCUGGCCUUCACCUCCGUGGGCGACGGGCCCCUCUCAGACCCCAUCCAGGUCAAGACACAGCCGGGAGUGCCUGGCCAGCCCAUGAACUUCCGGGCCGAGGCCAAGUCAGAGACGAGCAUCGGACUCUCGUGGAGCCCCCCGAGGCAAGAGAGCAUCAUCAUGUAUGAGCUCCUAUUCCGGGAAGGCGAGCACGGCCGAGAGGUCAGGAGGACCUUCGACCCAGCCACGACGUUCGUGGUGGACGACCUCAAGCCCAACACAGAGUACGCCUUCCGCCUGGCGGCACACUCUCCGCAAGGCCUGGGCGCCUUCACCUCGGUGGUGCGGCAGCGCACGCUGCAGUCCAAACCGUCUGCCCCCCCUCAAGAUGUUAAGUGUGUCAGCACACGCUCCACGGCCAUUUUGGUAAGUUGGCGCCCGCCGCCGCCGGAAACGCACAACGGGGCCCUGGUGAGCUAUAGCGUCCGCUACCGACCGCUGGGCUCGGAGGACCCGCAACCCAAGGAGGUGAACGGCAUCCCCCCGACCACCACUCAGAUCCUGCUGGAGUCACUGGACAAGUGGACGGAGUACCGCAUCACGACUGUCGCUCACACAGAGGUGGGACCAGGGCCCGAGAGCUCGCCCGUGGUCAUCCGCACCGACGAGGACGUGCCCAGCGCGCCUCCGCGGAAGGUAGAGGCGGAGGCGCUCAACGCCACGGCCAUCCGCGUGCUGUGGCGCUCACCUGCGCCAGGCCGACAGCAUGGCCAGAUUCGCGGCUACCAGGUCCACUACGUGCGCAUGGAGGGUGCGGAGGCCCAGGGGCCGCCACGUAUAAAGGACGUCAUGCUGGCUGAUGCCCAGUGGGAGACGGAUGACACGGCUGAAUAUGAGAUGAUCAUCACAAACCUGAAGCCCGAGACCACCUACUCCAUCACUGUAGCCGCCUACACCAUGAAAGGCGAUGGCGCUCGCAGCAAACCCAAGGUGGUAGUGACCAAGGGAGCAGUGCUGGGCCGCCCCACCCUGUCGGUGCAGCAGUCCCCCGAGGGCAGCCUGCUGGCACGCUGGGAGCCCCCAGCCAGCACCACCGAGGACCAGGUCCUGGGCUACCGCCUGCAGUUCGGCCGCGAGGACUCAUCACCCCUGGCCACGCUCGAGUUCCCACCCACGGAGGACCACUACACGGCGUCAGGAGUGCACAAGGGGGCCACAUACGUGUUCCGGCUGGCGGCCCGGAGCCGAGGCGGCCUGGGCGAGGAGGCGGUGGAGGUCCUGAGCAUCCCAGAGGACACACCCCGCGGCCACCCGCAGAUCCUCGAGGCGGCCGGCAACGCCUCGGCUGGCACUGUCCUGCUGCGCUGGCUGCCCCCGGUGCCUGCCGAGCGCAACGGGGCCAUUGUCAAGUACACAGUGGCAGUCCGGGAGGCCGGUGCCCUGGGCCCUGCCCGAGAGACCGAGCUGCCGGCAGCGGCCGAGCCCGGCGCUGAGAACAUGCUCACGCUCCAGGGCCUCAAGCCCGACACGGCCUAUGACCUCCAAGUGCGGGCCCACACGCGCCGGGGCCCCGGCCCCUACAGCCCCCCUGUCCGCUACCGGACGUUCCUGCGGGACCAAGUCUCGCCCAAGAACUUUAAGGUGAAGAUGAUCAUGAAGACGUCGGUCCUGCUCAGCUGGGAGUUUCCCGACAACUACAACUCACCGACGCCCUACAAGAUCCAGUACAACGGGCUCACUCUGGACGUGGAUGGCCGCACCACCAAAAGGCUCAUCACGCAUCUCAAGCCCAACACCUUCUACAACUUCGUGCUGACCAACCGCGGCAGCAGCCUGGGCGGCCUCCAGCAGACGGUCACUGCCUGGACCGCCUUCAAUCUGCUCAGCACCAAGCCCAGCGUGGCCACCAGGCCCAACCCCGACGGCUUCAUCGUGGUGCACCUUCCCGACAGCCAGAGCCCCGUGCCCGUCCAGAGCUACUUCAUCGUGAUGGUGCCGCUGCGCAAGUCUCGUGGCGGCCAGUUCCUGACCCCGCUGGGCAGUCCAGAGGACAUGGACCUGGAGGAGCUCAUCCAGGACAUCUCCCGGCUGCAACGGCGCAGCCUGCGGCAUUCGCGCCAGCUCGAGGUGCCCCGGCCCUACAUCGCAGCCCGCUUCUCCAUGCUGCCGUCCACCUUCCAGCCUGGUGACCAGAAGCAGUACGGUGGCUUUGACAACAGAGGCCUGGAGCCGGGCCACCGAUACGUGCUCUUUGUGCUCGCUGUGCUGCAGAAGAGCGAGCCUACGUUCGCCGCCAGCCCCUUCUCAGACCCCUUCCAGCUGGACAACCCGGACCCGCAGCCCAUCGUGGACGGCGAGGAGGGGCUCAUCUGGGUGAUCGGGCCUGUGCUGGCCGUGGUCUUCAUCAUCUGCAUCGUCAUUGCCAUCUUGCUCUACAAGAACAAACCUGACAGCAAACGCAAGGACUCGGAGCCCCGCACCAAAUGCCUGCUGAACAACGCCGACCUCGCCCCCCACCACCCCAAGGACCCCGUGGAAAUGAGACGCAUUAACUUCCAGACACCAGAUUCAGGCCUCAGCAGCCCCCUCAGGGAGCCGGGGUUUCACUUUGAAAGCAUGCUCAGCCACCCGCCCAUCCCCAUCUCGGACAUGGCCGAGCACACAGAGCGCCUCAAGGCUAACGACAGCCUCAAGCUCUCCCAGGAGUAUGAGUCCAUCGACCCGGGCCAGCAGUUCACGUGGGAGCACUCCAACCUGGAAGUGAACAAGCCCAAGAACCGCUACGCCAACGUCAUCGCCUACGACCACUCCCGCGUCAUCCUCCAGCCCAUCGAAGGCAUCGUGGGCAGCGAUUACAUCAACGCCAACUACGUGGACGGCUACCGGCGGCAGAACGCGUACAUCGCCACGCAGGGGCCGCUGCCCGAGACCUUCGGCGACUUCUGGCGCAUGGUGUGGGAGCAGCGCUCGGCCACCAUCGUCAUGAUGACACGGCUGGAGGAGAAGUCGCGGGUCAAGUGCGACCAGUACUGGCCCAACAGGGGCGCGGAGACCUACGGCUUCAUCCAAGUGACGCUGCUGGACACUGUCGAGCUGGCCACGUUCUGCGUACGGACCUUCUCCCUGCACAAGAACGGCUCCAGCGAGAAGCGUGAGGUCCGCCAGUUCCAGUUCACGGCGUGGCCGGACCACGGGGUGCCUGAGUACCCGACCCCGUUCCUGGCGUUCCUGCGGAGGGUCAAGACCUGCAACCCCCCCGACGCCGGCCCCGUGGUGGUGCACUGCAGCGCCGGCGUGGGCCGCACCGGCUGCUUCAUCGUCAUCGACGCCAUGCUGGAGCGGAUCAAGCCGGAGAAGACAGUGGACGUGUACGGCCAUGUGACGCUCAUGCGGUCCCAGCGCAACUACAUGGUGCAGACGGAGGACCAGUACAGCUUCAUCCACGAGGCGCUGCUGGAGGCCGUGGGCUGCGGCAACACCGAGGUGCCCGCCCGCAGCCUCUACGCCUACAUCCAGAAGCUGGCCCAGGUGGAGCCCGGCGAGCACGUCACGGGCAUGGAGCUCGAGUUCAAGCGGCUGGCCAACUCCAAAGCCCACACGUCCCGCUUCAUCAGCGCCAACCUGCCUUGUAACAAGUUCAAGAACCGCCUGGUGAACAUCAUGCCGUACGAGAGCACGCGGGUCUGCCUGCAGCCCAUCCGGGGCGUGGAGGGCUCCGACUACAUCAACGCCAGCUCCAUCGACGGCUACAGGCAGCAGAAGGCCUACAUCGCCACGCAGGGGCCGCUGGCGGAGACCACGGAGGACUUCUGGCGCAUGCUGUGGGAGAACAACUCGACCAUCGUGGUGAUGCUCACCAAGCUGCGGGAGAUGGGCCGGGAGAAAUGUCACCAGUACUGGCCAGCUGAGCGGUCUGCCCGCUACCAGUAUUUCGUGGUGGAUCCGAUGGCAGAAUACAACAUGCCACAGUACAUCCUGCGGGAGUUCAAGGUCACAGACGCCCGGGAUGGCCAGUCCCGGACUGUCCGGCAGUUCCAGUUCACGGACUGGCCGGAACAGGGCGUGCCGAAGUCGGGGGAGGGCUUCAUCGACUUCAUCGGGCAGGUGCACAAGACCAAGGAGCAGUUCGGCCAGGACGGCCCCAUCUCUGUCCACUGCAGUGCCGGCGUAGGCAGGACCGGUGUCUUCAUCACGCUCAGCAUUGUGCUGGAGAGGAUGCGGUACGAGGGUGUGGUGGACAUCUUCCAGACCGUGAAGAUGCUGCGGACCCAGAGGCCGGCCAUGGUGCAGACGGAGGACGAGUACCAGUUCUGCUACCAGGCAGCUCUGGAGUACCUGGGAAGCUUCGACCACUAUGCAACCUAAAGCCAUGGUCGCCUGGCCCAACUCCACCGGCUCCGGAUGCCUCUCUCUGCCUGGGCUGGGGGGCCCCUGGAGGCCUGCACCCCCGGCGGCGGCCGCAGCGUUUCUGCACGGUCUCUGGGAAUGACGUGGCCCCCGGCAACCUCCCCGGCACCAGCCGCCGCCUUGAAAUACUUGCCACAUUCCUCGUUCCCUUCCAAUUCCAAAACGAGCAGUUCCGGGGUGGGGGGUGGGGGUGGAGAGCAAAUGGGGGUUUUCCCCAGAACCAGAGGAGGACGGGGCUGUGGCCCCUCGCCCACCGCCCCCCACCCCGGGGGGGGGGGGUUUCCAGCCCUGCAUCAGCAGCAGGCUGGAGGGGGGCCAGAAUUCAGCUUUUUGUUUUUCAAACUCCGUGUAACUGUAUCCAGUGACAUUUCCUUUUUUUUAAAUAGCGUAUUUUUUUUCUAAUUUUUUUAAAAAGAAAAAAAGUGACUUACCAGUCCACGAACUUAAAAAGAAAAAUGUUGCUUAUUCCUGUUCUCCUCACAGUCUAUUUUUUCACUGUAGAGCGUGCUUGCGUGGCGGCCGUGUGCGCUCUGACAGCUGUCCCCGCGGCCGGCGUUUUCUUUUUCUGCCAUCGGAAGCCGUGCCUCACUCAAGAACAGGGCGUCCUUUUGCUCCUGGUUUCUUUUUUCCUUUUUUUUCUUUUCUUCUUUUUUUUAAUGAUUAAAUCCUCAGACAUAUCAAGCACGGUUCCAAGGGUGGGGCAGUGGAGGGCGGGCCCCAGUGACGGUGGCCACCUCCCUGCAGCCCCCACGAGCCCCAAGGCGGGAGAAGGGACAGAGCAGGAGAUUCCGCCUCUUCAGGGAUGGGAGGCUGGGUGCUGGCCCCGGCCAGGGCGCCUUUCCCCUGGGACUACGGGGCAAACGCAGAAAGCACGGCAUCCCCCACCCCCAAGCAAGCGAGUUUUUCUCUUUGUACCAGAGCAGAUCUGCCGUUGCUCUAGACACUGUUUAUUCAAACGGAAGCAGCUGGGUGGUUUUCCCACCUCUGUGUAUGUAGAUAUAUCAACUUUGUAUUAAAGGAAGAUGGUCUGAA